GUUUUCGCAGUGGUGAGGUGCGAAUCGCGCGGGCGGACUACUGCAGCGCCAGCAGCGCUACCGUCGACCAUAGGCAGAUCAGAACGCUUAUUGGUGAGUGGGGCUGCCCUCACCGACUUUUGGCAGCUGCGAGGCCCGUGCAACACGAGUGUUACCCUUCGGUCCCCUCCAGGUCUGCUUACGUUCUGUGCUUACACCGCUCACCAUCAGCUCAGAGCGGCUGAGCACUCGAACCCUCGACCACCAAACACACCUCCGUGGCCAGCAUGGAGAACCACCAACACAUAGAUUUCGACGGCACCCUCUACGGCGUGGAGGGAGGCUUCGACCCGUCGUUCGACCCCAACCGCCAGACCUACACGCAGUACCAGACCUGGCCGCUGCCCACAUCGCCCGGCGCAAUGCCGCAACAACACCAGCAAUACCAGCAACAUGACGCAAACCAACAACACCAACACCAGCACCAGCAGCGUCGCAUCCAGUCUGCUACCGCGUCAAGCGCCCAUCACAACACCAUGCCCACCUCGACAGCCAUGGCGCCCCUGCAGACCGGCGGCCUCGGCUUCCCUGCCGCCAUGCAGCCCAUGAACCCGAUGCUUGCGACCUGGAUGAACAUCAACACCGACGGCUUCGCCCAGGAUCCUUACAUGGCCCCCGGCGCCAUGGGCAUGACUGCCAGCUUCGACUCGACCUUCGGCGGCCAGCUGCAGACCUCGCCCGUUGACUUCGGCAUCAACCCUGCCCACAUGAUGACGAUGCCCUUCAACAUGAUGACCACCACUACCAUGGAUAUGCCGCCUCUCAACGCGCCCUUCAGCAUGGGUGACUUCACCCAGGAGUUCAACCACAUCAACCCACAGGAGUUUGCCCACUCGAAUGUCAGCAUCGGCAGCGGGUCGCCGGGCGAGCAGUGGAUGGAGGUCCGCUCGCUGUCAAGUAGCGACGCUGGCUGGGUCGACGUCGGCGCACACAACCACCGUCACUCGUACGACUUCUCUGACUCGUCAGCCAUCGUCUUCAACCCUGCGCAGUCGCUCCACAUCCGCACCUCCUCGGACUCGACAAAUUCGAAUCAAUCAGAUGUACCGCGUUCCGCCGGCUCGCUAGGCAGCUUCGAGGAGAUCAACUUCCCCAUGAACUCGCCUGGAUCGGAGAACAACCUGUCAUUAGUCCACUCGCAUGCCCACUCGGACGACUGCAACCAUGGUCACGGUCUGUCGCUUGACCACGGUUACGACAACUACAUCUCCCCGAACCAAUCUGUCAGCCCGCCCAUGACACGGAUCGAACCCGUCGUUAUCAAGCAGUCGGCUAGCAGCUCAGCCUCACCAUCCUCCUCGGUCGUUAGCUCACCACCAGUCGUCCGCCGGAGAAAGUCACCCGCUGGACCCAUCAACGCCGGCGCAAAGCCCACCAAGACCAUCGUCAAGAAAACCCCUGCUCACACCACCAAGAAGGACACCACGGGCGAAAAGCGUGUCGGCCGAAGACGCGGCCCUCUCAGGCCAGAUCAGCGUCAACAGGCCCACGAGAUCCGCAAGCUCCGUGCUUGCUUGAGGUGCAAAUUCCUCAAGAAGACCUGUGACAAGGGCGAUCCGUGCGCUGGGUGCCAGCCAUCUCACGCACGUCUCUGGCAGGUACCAUGCACGCGCAUUGACAUCAAGGACAUUGCUUUCUUCAUGAAGGAUUGGAAGGCUGAUUAUGAACGUCAUGUCAGUCUUGGCUUCUCUAUUGGCAACAUCAAGGGCUUCUCACCGCAUGAACGUCCCAUUUACGUCACCCACGGCUAUGGCCACUACCUGCCCAUUAUGGCCCGUGAGGUCUACGUUCGUGACGAGAAGUGCUUCGGUGUCGACUGGCACGAGACUCUCAGCGGCUCGCAUUUCGAGAUCAACACUGCUAAGCUUUCCGCUGGUAUGGAGGGUGUCUCGCGCAGCAUGCUGAGCGACUAUCUUGACCGUCACAUUGACGGCGGCUUCGAGAACUUCGUCGACGAGUACUUUGAGGGCACAUACUUCGUCACUGAGCUGCUGAAGACUGCCUACCGCUUCUACACUCGUGAGAAGCUCCCUGUGAUCCGUAAGGCUCUCAAGCUUGUUAUCGCUUACAACCUGACUCUUCACGUCACCAUGGUUGAGGGCCUUGGCGAUGAGGAGACACCUGGCAAGGUUGAGGACACAUCAUCAAAGUUCUGCGGGACCACUAUCGCGCCCGUGAUGAUCAACUUCCAGGUCAAGUGCGCUCUUGCCGACAUGUGGCGUGAGCUGCAGAAGGAAGUUCUUGAGGAGCUCUCUUCGCUGUAUCAGUCUGUGUACAGUGGUGACAAGCUCAAGAACUGGCCUACCAUCUUCAUGUUGGCCGCCAUCCUUCUUGCAGUUUGGGAGUUGAUUCAGUUCGACUGCAGCUACCGUGUCCCUGAUCAGGCAGCUGUCAACAAGUUCUGCUCCGACAUGGAGGGCACACCUGUUGGUGUCAUUGUUGGCCUGUUCUCGGCCAUCUCUCAGAAGCUACCGUCGUUCCAGGAAUGGGACACCAGGAAGCACCACCACCUGCUCAACAGCAACCCAGCGGUGUGUGAUGCUAUGACUGAUGUCCGUGCACAUGUUACCAAAUACGACUCCUAUCUGCGCUCGAGAACCGACUGCAAGUUCGAUCGCGAGGACUUCGACUCCCUGUCAAACAAGUUCUUGUCCAAGCUCGUGAUUCGCGCGAACUAAACCUACUUCUAUUUACAAGCUGCAUAUCUUCAAAUCGCCUAUCAUCAACGAGACCUAUCAUCGAGACCCCGCAGCUUACUCCCACGACAUCCUA